CUGGAAGAAGGGAGGCGGCUAGCAAGACGGUUUCUGGUGUCAGUUUUCCAGCGCACAGAUGAACGGUGGAGCAGCCAUGGAAGCCACCAGGAGGCGUAACAAGCUCAGCACCAAUGGGCAAGCGUCUGAGGAGAGUGAGCAAUCCGUGCAGUGGGGCAGAGCCUGGGAGGUUGACUGGUUUUCCCUGAUCAGUGUAAUCGGUCUGCUUUGCUUCGCACCCUUCAUCGUCUUCUACUUCGUGAUGGCCUGUGACCAGUACCAGUGCUCCAUCAGCCAACCUCUCAUUGAGCUGUUUCGAGGAGAGACCACCCUGCUCUCCAUCUGGGCCCAGGCACCCUCAUUCACCUGGACCUCUGCCAAGAUAUAUAGCAUCUGGGUGGCCUUCCAGGUGUUCCUGUACAUGUGUGUUCCUGAUGUCACCCACAAGUUCAUUCCUGGCUAUGUGGGUGGUGUACAGGAGGGAGCACGAACUCCUGCUGGCCUGAUAAACAAGUAUGAGAUCAACGGGCUUCAGUGCUGGCUGAUCACUCAUGCUCUGUGGUUUGCCAAUGCUCAGUACUUCCACUGGUUUUCUCCAACAAUCAUCGUUGACAACUGGAUCCCCCUGUUGUGGUGCACCAACAUCCUGGGCUACGCCGUCUCCACCUUCGCCUUCAUAAAGGCCUACCUCUUCCCCACCAACGCCGAGGACUGCAAGUUCACAGGGAACGUCUUCUACAACUACAUGAUGGGCAUCGAGUUCAACCCACGCAUCGGCAAGUGGUUCGACUUCAAGCUGUUCUUCAACGGCCGGCCCGGCAUCGUGGCCUGGACCCUCAUCAACCUGUCGUACAUGGCCAAGCAGCAGCAGCUGUACGGCCAUGUCACCAACUCCAUGAUACUGGUCAACGUGCUGCAGGCCAUAUAUGUGUUGGAUUUCUUCUGGAACGAGGCGUGGUACCUGAAGACCAUUGAUAUCUGCCAUGACCACUUUGGAUGGUACUUGGGCUGGGGAGACUGUGUGUGGCUGCCCUACCUCUACACGCUGCAGGGUCUGUAUCUGGUCUACCACCCGGUGCAGCUCUCUACCCCUCACGCUCUGGCCGUCCUGUCGCUUGGUCUGGUCGGUUAUUACAUCUUCCGCUCCACCAACCACCAGAAGGACCUGUUCCGACGCACUGAGGGCUCCUGCAAAAUCUGGGGCCGCAAGCCCACCUACAUUGAGUGCUCAUACCGAUCCUCUGACGGCGGCCUCCACCGCAGCAAGCUCCUCACCACGGGUUUCUGGGGCGUGGCACGUCACCUCAACUACACCGGAGACCUGAUGGGCUCGCUGGCGUACUGUGCCGCUUGUGGCUUCGGCCACCUUCUGCCCUACUUCUACAUCGUCUACAUGACCAUCCUGUUGGUGCAUCGCUGUGUACGGGACGAGCACCGUUGCAGCAGCAAGUACGGCAAGGACUGGAAACGCUACACUGACGCUGUGCCUUACCGCCUCAUCCCCGGAGUGUUUUAGACUGAGGAGGAAUGCAAGUGAUGAUUGGUGGGAAUGUUUAUGAUAGGUAGCAGGGGAAGAGCUCUGUGUGUGUGUAUGUGUGUAUGUGUUUGCGCUUUGUGUCGAUGGGGAGAAACAAAACUGAUUGUGCACACUGCAAUCAAAAGGCUUGGACAGAUGAUACUUGUAUCAUACUCAAAAUAAUUGUAACUUUUUAAUAAUUAUUUUAAGGAAGUAUCUUUCUGAGCCUUUUCAUUGCAGUGCACACAAUUAUUGUUUUCUCUUUCCAUUAGUUGGAUCCUUUCACCUGCUUUACCAGUAGUUUUCAUGUGAGCACAACCCACAUUAUCUCUGUUUUCUUUCCUUGGGAAAAUGUUAGCAAUAGAGGAACUAUGAAAGAAAUAUAAGAUAAACACAAUGUUUGUAUUUUUGCAUCGUUUUAUGGGUCAUGAAUAUACCAUAAUGACUCUAUUUUGCUACUCAAUGUGAUACACAAUUUAUAUGAAUUUAUGUACAUGUGUAUAGUAGGGCAACAACUAACAAUUACUUUCAUUGUUGAUUAAUCCAUUACAUUUUUUGAUUAACUAAUUGAUCAUUUUGUGUAUAAAAUCUUAAAAUUACAGACCAGUGCCCAUCACAAGUUAAUUAUCGAAAUGAUAAUCAAUUCAUUUUCUGUCAGUCAACUUACUGAUCAAUUGACUAAUUGUUUCAGCAGCAGUGUAUAGGUUAUUGCACUGUGCAAGUGCAUGAUGUGAACGUUUAUACAAUGUGUUUAUACAAUACUAGAUAUUGCUGGUUUGACUGAGCACAAAUCAAACCAGUUCAGUCGAGGCUCAGGUGAAAGAUUUUUACCUACAGGUGAGACAGCCACACACAUCUACCCAGUUAUACUACCAUAGUGCAGUUUUAACCAGUUAGAGGCUUAAGUGCUUAAGCACUGACAUUGCACCCACGAAUAAUACUUACACUACCUCAUGAAAAAAUCUUGUAAUCUAUGUAGAAAGAUAAAUGCAGCUCUCAAACUGAUCAAGUGUGUUUCCUACUUAAAGCAUAUGUUCAUUAUGGUUUAACCCAGCUUUAUUAUGAAUCCCAGCACACCUCUAGUCAAGAUGGGCCCAUAUUGGAAAGGUUAGGGUUAUGGUUGGUUGAGGGAUUUUGAAGUUGUCAUAUUAAGGCUGUUGACGGGAAUCAACAUUUUGAUGUGUCCUGGUUUGGAAAAUAUCAGUAUUCUUGAAUAUUUUAUCUUUGUUGGCUGUAUAGUGGGUAAGCUAAUGGAUGUAGGUUAGAGGGAGAUGAGCAUAGGAGAGCUUACUUGUUUUGAUGCCUGUCUGUGCGCAUAAAUUAAGUGCCAUUAUGGACAGAUGUAAAAGCUUCUCCGGGAUUUAGGAGGAAGUCACAAACAUGCUGCCUCCCUCCUCAAUCCAGCACCAACAAGAAAUAGCACUUGUCAAGCUGUUUGGGCUCAAUUAGAAGCCAAAUAUGUAAUCACUGUGAAAAGAAAAUAAACCUGAUAUUUUAUUUGAAAC